AUGGGUCCUUUCCCAACCUCUUUUGGCGACCAGUACAUCCUAGUUGCACUCGACUAUGUCUCCAAAUGGGUUGAAGAUAUUACUAGCCGUACUAAUGAUGCACAUGUGGUCAUCAAAAUGUUUAAAUCAAUCAUCUUCCCAAGGUUUGGAGUACCUCGAAUUGUCAUAAGUGAUGGAGGGUCACACUUCGUCAACAGAAUCUUUGCCAACCUUCUGAAAAAACAUGGAGUAACUCACAAGGUCGCCUCUCCAUACCAUCCUCAAACAAGUGGGCAGGUCGAGAUUUUAAAUAGAGAACUCAAAAUCAUACUUCAGAAGACGACAGGAAAGACAAGGAAAGAUUGGAAUGCCAAAUUGGAUGAUGCUCUAUGGGCAUACCGCACUGCCUUCAAAACACCACUUGGUACAACUCCUUUCCAUCUUGUUUAUGGUAAAGCUUGCCACCUUCCUGUGGAGCUAGAACACAAGGCCGCUUGGGCCAUCAAGGAGUUGAACUUCAACCUAAAGACCGCGGGAGAAAGGAGGCUAAUCCAGCUCAAUGAGCUCGAUGAAGUUCGCCACUUGGCAUAUGUAAACUCCAAGAUCUACAAGGAGAAAACAAAAGAUUUCCAUGACCGGAAGAUAAUUCCAAAGAGCUUUGCCCCAAACGACCAAGUAUUUCUGUUCAACUCAAGACUAAAGCUCUUUCUAGGGAAGCUUCGUUCAAGAUGGUCUGGACCAUUCAAAAUUAAAGAAGUCAGACCCUAUGGAGCAGUAGUGCUUUGGGAUCCAAUGAGAGGAGAUUUCACAGUCAAUGGACAAAGGUUAAAACCUUACCUCGCCUCCACCUCAAUACCACAAGAGACUUCACUCGCUCUUGCUGACCCACCAGAUCUUUAG